AUGACUUCAGUCCCCASAGCAAACUGGAACAUGAACAUGAGCAGCAUGUGGAAUAUGAGCCUUGCUGAAGCAGGCAAUCCCUGGGGACAGGCACUGGGAGCACCAGCUGGAAAUGCUUCUCCCCCUGUAGCAUCCCCARCAGGCAACUUCUCCAAUCAGUUUGUACAACCUUCUUGGCGCAUUGCCCUGUGGUCUCUGGCUUAUGGUGGUGUGGUGGCAGUGGCUGUUUUUGGAAAUCUUAUUGUCAUCUGGAUUAUCCUGGCUCACAAGCGCAUGAGGACAGUGACAAAUUACUUCCUGGUGAACCUGGCCUUCUCUGAUGCCUCCAUGGCUGCUUUCAAUACUCUCAUCAACUUCAUCUAUGCGCUGCACAGUGAGUGGUACUUUGGAGAGGCUUACUGCCGCUUCCACAACUUCUUCCCAAUCACAGCUGUCUUUGCCAGCAUCUACUCCAUGACAGCAAUCGCUGUGGACAGAUAUAUGGCCAUCAUUGAUCCCUUGAAACCCAGGCUCUCUGCAACUGCUACCAAGGUGGUCAUUGGGAGCAUAUGGAUUUUGGCUUUCCUGUUGGCCUUUCCCCAGUGCCUAUACUCCAUAACCAAGGUGAUGCCUGGGAGAACUCUUUGCUAUGUAGCAUGGCCAGGUGGCCCAAAACAGCAUUUUACGUAUCAUGUCAUUGUGAUUGUCCUGGUCUACUGCUUUCCACUGCUUGUCAUGGGCAUCACUUAYUCCAUGGUGGGAGUUACCCUCUGGGGAGGAGAAAUACCAGGUGACACAUCCAACAAAUACCAYGAGCAGCUCAAAGCUAAGAGAAAGGUGGUAAAAAUGAUGAUUGUGGUUGUGCUGACAUUUGCCAUCUGCUGGCUGCCCUACCACAUUUACUUUAUAGUUACUGGGAUCUAUCAACAAUUAAAUCGGUGGAAAUACAUUCAGCAAAUCUACUUAGCCAGCUUUUGGCUUGCCAUGAGCUCUACCAUGUACAAUCCCAUUAUCUACUGCUGCCUUAAUAAGAGGUUCCGAGCUGGCUUCAAGCGAGCUUUCCGCUGGUGCCCCUUCAUUGAGGUGUCCAGCUAUGACGAGCUGGAGCUAAAGGCAGCAAGGUUUCACCCCACACGGCAAAGCAGCCUCUAUGCUGUGUCCAGGAUGGACUCCAGCAUGACUGUGGUGCUUGAUACCAAUGAUGGAGACAGCAUGCAUGCCAGCCACAAGAAAAGGGCAGCUCCAAGGGACCUGAACUUCAAUGGUUGCUCACAGAGAAAUCCCAAGACUGUCUCCACGGCCUCAAGUCUCAUCAGCUCACUGCACACAUCAGCAGAUGUUUACUCCUAA